AUGGCAACCAAUAAGACAGACCUGAGCGCUGAGCAGAGACGGCUAGUACAUCAGUAUUAUCGAGAAUUGCGAGAUUUUUCUACGGUAACAGGUGGAAAACUUGAUCGAUCGAGUUCUGCUCGAGCACAGAAGGCGAGAUCCAAAUUGCUGAAGCUUUAUUCGUCACAAUUUUUCGAACUAAGCACAGAUGUUCACGACGAGCUUCAGCGCCGUAUAGACGAAAAUCAGACACAGCCCGAUCAUUUGUUACCAAAGGAUAACUUUCACGUUAAGCGGAAUCAGGCUCGUCAAAAAUUGGCCAAUUUAUCAGAAUCCCGUUUCAACGAUUUGGUGGACGACAUACUAUACGAAAUCCAAAGACGAGACUAUCACAUACUUUCAGAGCCUCAAACUCCAGUCUCGCCACAGAUUUCGCCGCGAGUUUCGCCUCAAAAAAAUCAUUUCAGACCAGAUGAAGGAGAAGUCGUCGAUCCCAAUGUCUCUUCGCAAUCUGUAGUGCACACUGAUCCCCGGAACUCAGUCUCUCGCAAUUUGCCAUUGGACGCAGAUAGCAACGAUAAUAGUCAGCAUGAGGACAUGUCAACCCCCAAGAAAUCAUCAAUUCAAGAUGGUAGUACACAUUCCUCUAGUGUAGUACCCAGUACUUCUAUUCAACAAUCUCAAGUGAUACCCAAAAAAGCUUCCAUCGAGUGGAGCUCCGAUGAGGAGGAGGAUCACCAUGAUGGCGGAAAAGAGAGCCGAUCAGCACGUGGAACAAGUAGCCAGGAUAUUUUCCAAGAUAGGGAUAUUCAUAGCGUGCCAGAAUCGCGCCACCAGGACAGAACCUCAGGCAUUGAAAACAAUGUGACAGACUUUGCACAAAGAUCGCAACUUUUGCAAGACUCGGAUAAUUCAGAUUUCGAGAACGGCUCCCAGAAUUCUCCUCAAUUCGGGGCUGGCAAAACCCAGGGGCAAAAUCAUGCCCUUUCGGGUUCAAACCACAGGAGCUCAAGAGAGCAUACGAACGGACAAGUAGACGAAGAUGCUUCUUUUGAGGAAACGAAGGGUCUAAGUUUAACGAAUAGACUUUCGCAAUCCGUACAAAGUCCUUCAAUCGCUGGCGAGGCUAGCGAAGAAGGAUUAAGGUUUUCUGACAGAUUUUCGAGUUCUAUUGUCACUGAGAAGAUGGAAGACAGCGACCUAAGCAAACGGGACUCCCCUUCAAUUUUUGAUUCCUUGCCCCGGGGGUCACAUCUCAAAUUUGCCCCCGGACCUAAUUCAAGCAAUGGUUUUGAUGAGCAAAGUUCUCCAGAAAAUGCAGGAAAACGCCAAAAUACUUCUUCACCUACAAUGUCGAUCAACUCUCCAUUUGAUACUCGUGAGCGUUCUGAAUUGGGUAGUGCUUCAAGUGGACUUCAAACUCAGCUAAAGCAUUUAGGCUCAAUAAAAAGAAUCUCAUUGGAAAACGAGAACUCUCAGCGAGAGAUUCAGGUUCUCAUUGCAGAAGGCACGAAAAUGGACGAGAAAAUCACUGAACUGGAAUUGAAUAACUCACAACUGUCGGCUGCCAAAAAACACCUUGAAAAUGAGUUACGAACGCAGGAGAAUCAAAACUCAGACUUGAAGGAACAGUUAGAAGUGCUUUCGAAGAACUUGAUCGAUUCUGAAGAUGAGCUCCAAAAGCUCAAAACGGCACAAACUCAAGGCGAUCAGACUAGCAGGUCGGUAGACAGAACUCACCAUGAUGAGUUCCUGAAUAUUACAAAACAGGUCAAUUCUCUAUCAAUUGAGAAUGAAAACCUCAAACAAGAUCUUGCAGAAAUGGAGCUCAAGCUAAAAAAACACAGUUAUGACGAAAAACCAGCAAAUGCCAGAGACAAUGCGACACCUGAAGAGGUCUCAAACGAAAGUUUCAGGUCUGAGGCCUUAGACAAGGUUCAAAACUUACCAAAGAAAUAUUUGUCGCCUGAGGGGCUGAUUCCAUCAAGCCUUCUUACAGCAUUCAUAUCACACAUCGAAAAUAUGUUUCAUAUUAUAAACCGGAAUCGGCAAGAUACUGGAUUUGGGCAUCAGAUUUUCAAUGUUUUGUCUCAAAUUGUUGACACUGUGCAAAAAGUGAUCGAGACUGUUGAUAAUCGCGGUAGUCAGGAGCAUAUUUUAGUUUUGAAAGGUGCACUUUCGCAUGCUAUCACUGCGGUUCGUUUCUUUGCGUCUUUUCAUGAGAUACUUCCCCUUGUGACUGUCAACAGCGCAGUGUCUGAUGUUACUUUUGCUCUUUGCCAGAUGGUUGAUAUAGUCAAGGUAGCCGAUGUGCACAAGGACAAUUUCUCACUUGAUCAAAAUAACCACAUUGUUCCGCAAACUCCCAAUGCUCAAGAUUGGUCGGAAUUUGAGGAUGCCAACUUUCAAGAUCCCCGCGAGAGCUUACAAGGAGUGUCAAAUAACCCAGGGAACAUGUCUCCGGUCAAACCUUUGAAAAUCACUCAGAAAGUGGUUAACAACGCGCAACCUUCAAAAGGCAGACACACGAGUAGGAAACCAUCGAGCUCAUUGUUCGGUUCAAUUGUGAACACAAGCUCUACUGCUAAUAAUUCGCCCGAAACCGUACAAUUUCCUAAGGCGCGUUCUGGAUCACCAGCCAGCAAACAAGAGGUAACGAGUUCACCAGCAGCGGCUAAAGACACUAGUCAGAGUCAGAAAUACGUAGCAGCAUCUUCCGCUUCUACUCGUUGGACAGAUACUGUAUCUUCCCCAAUAUCGCCGUCACUCAAUGUUUUCAGUCAGGGAAAGAAAUUGACUAAUACCGAUAAUUCAACGGUAAAGGUUGCCAAACUUACAUCGGCAAGCGCGAUGUCAAGCCUGAGCCAGUCUGAUAGGAUUCGUGCCGAACCAGGUAACAGCGCAGCGGAAAAGAUUUUUGAAGCUUCAACUGACGAAGGUUCAACCGAUGAGAAUGAGCGGAACAACGACGAUAGCAAUUUGACGAGUGAUGAAGAUCUAACGUAUCAGCUCAAACAAAACUUGCUGAAGAGCCAAAAGCCCAAGGAUUUUUUGGAGGGUGAAAACGCCGAAGAAUACUCCAUUCCAUUAAACUCCCCAUCAAAAGCUAGUCCACAAGCACGCAACGUUACAGGGCAGGAUACCAAGACCGUUAACACUCCAGUUAAAUCAACUGACCUGGGGCCAUCUGUGGACAACGGUCCCGCCAUCCAACCAGAGACUGAUGAAGAGCAUGCGGAGAGAUAUACAACUAAAGGCGAUGAAGGUUUUAAGUUGACACCCUCCACUCAAUCCACAAAUAAGCUUUCAUUUGUGUCUGAUUCGUCAGAUACGUCUAACGGAGAAACCACUGGGAAGGAAGUACAUUCUGGUAGCCGGAUUGCGGACGUGAAACGUAAUAUUCCUGAUGAUUGUCUACCUGCAAAAGGAACACAGGUCUCAGAACACCUACAAAAAUUUGCAAAUGGAGCUCCUGGAAACGAUGAUAAGUCAGAAGUCAAUGUGCCUGAGGGGUAUUCGGAUCCUAUUUCGGCAGCUCCUCCAAGUACUGUUGAGCAAGACACCUACCAACGCUUUCCCGCUCGAUGGGACACGAAUGACCUGAAAAAGAUGAACGAGGACCCAAGCCUAAAACCAUCGGAUCAAAGUAUCUCACUUACGCCGAGCACAAACAAAAUAAAAACAGAGGACGCGUCGCUGGAAAGUGAGCACAUCCUCGUCAAACAGGAGGACCACGAUGGCUGGAAUCCAUCAGGAUCACGAACAGGAUCUACAGCUCCUGCUGCCGCUAGUUCAAGGGCUUCCGAAGAAGUUGCCGAGGGUGGCAGGGAGUCUGGAGACGAAGACGAUUUUGACAUUGACGCUUUUGACAUUGAGAACCCCGAUAACACUUUAUCGGAACUGCUCUUGUAUCUGGAGCAUCGCACUAUUGAAGUGAUUAGCACGAUCCAAUCGUUGCUUACUUCAAUUAAACAGCCACAGGCAUUGAAGGGUGAACUUUGCAAAGAUUCUUCAGCAAUAAACCAAGUAAUAGCGCAGAUGGUGGAGGCUACGAAUGUAUCAAUGGCCCAAUCACGUAACGCUGCGUUAAAGGAGCAUGGCAAUUGGGUUGUACAAAGUUUGAAGGACUGUAAGAGAAGAAUGACUUCUUUAUGUCACUUGAAUGAAGACGGAACAAUCAACUUUGAUGAAGGUGAUGACGAAUAUGCUAGCAAGCAUUUCAAACAGCGACUGGCGGGCAUAGCGUUUGACGUUGCCAAAUGCACCAAGGAACUCGUUAAGACGGUGGAAGAAGCCAGUCUAAAGGAAGAGAUAGAGUAUCUCAACUCACAGCUUAAACACUGA